AUGAAGCAACUCCACCAGACUAUUGACCCAUCUAUUAGCAAAGGCAAUCUGCUAUCCGCUGCGUAUUCAUUGUGUCACUACCACGAUAAAUUCACCAAGGAAGAGCGGAAGCAAGUUCAAGUACGCUCCUGCUUUCCUCAUCAAUUGUCGAUCGAAGGACGAGAUCUUCUAAGCAAACUUGAAAAUGAGAAUCUCAGCAUUGGUCCAACUUUUCCUCCCUCUUCCAACACCCAGUCGAUGCCGACGAUGAAAAAUGUGCUUCCUACUGGCUGUGGUCCGCCCGUCGGUAGUCGUUGGAGCACCAUGAAACAGCCUGUUAGUCCGACAAGAAUCAGGUCCGUGCAAGUAACAUGCACUAAGCGAAGCCGUAACGUAAACGCUAUCACUGCUGUGCCGUCCGUGCAACACAUCGCUUCUCUUCGCAAGACACUGUCAACACUAUUUACCAUCGAAUGCACGAUUUUGGCAGACGCGCGAUUCCACACAGAACUCACUGACGUCACUGAGGAUAAUGUCAUGUCUACCGUGUACAUGGUGUUUCUGUACGGGCUGCUGGAGUUCGGCUCGUUCGUUUUGCUAAUGAUCAUUUUGAAGAGAGGUUGUGGAAUGCAAGCACUUUACCAUCUUGCAUUUGUUUUAGAAACUCAAAUGCUGUCAAUCCAGAGCGAAAUUAUCGGCUGGAUGCUGAUCACGUUCGGUUUUUGA